CGCUGCUUUUGAUCCCACGGGGACUUGGAGCGCUCACAUUCCUCUCAUUCCUGCCGCAGCGGAACAAUCGCCUCUCAGUUAUUUAUUAGCGCUGUGAGGCUCAGAGCUGCUCAGUCUGCUCAGGACGCACGGCGCGCACACAACGUACAUGGAAAUACGGAGCAAGAAGCACUAGCAGCGAGCGAGCUCUGCGUGGAUUUACCUCAACUGAAAAGGAAACUAUUGUUGGAGAUUAUACGGGCUUUUAUCAGACGGGGGAUGUUAUUAUAAGAUAAACAGGUCUGACCAUAGUUCCUGUAGAAGCACCUUGUUAACAUCACUGACAUGAGAACAGCAGAGGACUCCUCUGGCACAGUCCUGCACCGGCUGAUCCAGGAACAGCUGCGUUAUGCCAACAUGAGCGAUGCCCGCACUCUGCUGGCCAUCCAGCAGCAGGCCUUGCGUGGGGGCAGUAACAGUAGUGGAGGAGGCACAGGAAGCCCCCGGUCCUCUCUGGAAAGUCUCUCCCAGGACGACAGCCCAUACAUUUACAUGAACACAAGGCAAGAGCCACAGGGAGAAGAGUACCAGGGAGAGGGCCUGUCGGAGAGCCCAUUGUAUCACCUCCAUACUGAGGAGCUGCCCACAUACGAGGAGGCCCGACUCCUCAUCUCACAGAAAGGCCUGGAUCUGUGUCCUGAGGACCAGUGGGAUGUGAAGAGGGAGCACGUUCGCUCCCUCAGCGAGCGCCUCAUGCAGCUCUCUCUGGAGAGGAACGCUGCCCGACAGCAGCCCAUGCCGUCCUCUCAUAGCUAUCCUCAGCUCUACGGCACUGGGAUCCCAGCCCAGUGUGUGGAGCAGAGAGCACCCCCUCCAGAGUACCCCUGUCCCACCAAACUGCCCGGAUACAUGCUUAGCCACUCGCAGGAAACACAGGGACAGUACUACAAAGAGCCACCUCCAUUCUAUUCCCAACACAGGUAUGUGUCAGCCCAGCCCCCCCAGGCCCCCUCCCCCCAGAGUGAGGCGCUGCAGAAGGAAAACGAGCAUCUGAGGAAGGAGCUGGAGGUGGUGACAGAGAAGGCGUCCCGACUACAGAAGUUGGAAGUGGAGAUCCAGAGAAUCUCUGAGGCCUAUGACACUCUGAUGAAGGGGUCGGCCAAGAGGGAGAAUCUGGAGAAAACAAUGAGAAACAAACUGGAGGCUGAAAUCAAGAGGCUACAUGACUUUAACAGAGAUCUGAGAGAACAACUGGAGUCUGCAACCAAGCAAAGAGUGACCAAGGAAGCAGAGAGCUCAGACCCCAAGCACCACGUCUUUGUCAAACUCCUAGAGCAAAAUGAGGAGCAGCAGCGAGAGAGGGAGCGUUUGGAGAAGCAGGUCCUGGCUCUGCGUGUGUCUGCGGAGGAAGCCCAGAGGAGGCGGGAUGUCCUGGAGCAGGCCCUGUCCUCUGCCCAGACCAGGAACAGACUUCUGGAGGAGGAACUGCACCGGAAGAGGGCCUACGUUCAGAAGGUAGAAGGUCUGCAGAGCUCCCUGGCCCAACUGCAGGCCGCCUGUGAGAAACGGGAGACGCUGGAACUACGACUGCGCACACGACUUGAGCAGGAGCUGAAGAGUCUGAGAGCGCAACAGAAGCAGACAAAUACCACCACAUCGUCUGAGGUCAGUGCGUCUACAUUGGAGCAGCAGCUGAGGGAGAAGGAGGAGAGGAUUUUGGCCCUUGAAGCUGAUAUCACAAAAUGGGAGCAGAAAUACCUGGAGGAAAGCACCAUGAGGAAGUUCGCCAUGGACGCUGCUGCUACGGCUGCUGCACAGAGGGAUACUACUAUUAUCAAGCAUUCACCUCGGACAUCACCAAACAGCAGUUUCAAUGAAGACUUGCCAUUGGCCAAUCACAGAAACCAGGAGAUGGAGAACAGGAUCCGGGCGCUCCAUGCUCAGCUCUUGGAGAAAGACGCUGUGAUCAAAGUCCUGCACCAGAGGUCCAAACUGGAGCAGGGGCGACUCGAGAAACAAGGGCUGCGAUUGGCCCGCUCCGUCCCAUCCAUCAACACUGUGUCCAGCAGCACAGAGAUCAAAGCAAACAAGAGCCUAUCAGAUGACCAGACAGGUGCUGCGUGCGGGGCUCUGCUGUUGAUACCCAAGACUGCAGUUCUCAGACGGGACAGGGGCACCCAAAGCGAGGCGUCCCACGAGGAGACAGAAGCCGACAUGCCCCAGGAAUCCGAGGCAGCAGACGCUUUUGAAGAAUCUACAGAAGAGCCGAAAGCCAAGCCUGCAGAAUCAGAAGUGGUUGAAAUUCUUAUUUAAAAGACAGAACUCCUCCCUCCAGCAAAAUUUUGACUGAUUUAUAAAACAUCAGACAACGGCGUUCCCAAAAUGCCAUUGAUAACUAAUGACUGACUUUUAUGUGAGAGGAGAGCUGGACUUUCCUCCACAUUUUCUGCACAAUUUUGUAAAAAACAAGAGUCCUUAAAGGUACCGGGACACUACUCAGCAUUAUGACUGCUGAUGUACAGUUAACGUAUGUUAUUUUAUACAUGUUUUAUUUAUAUUUGUAAAAGCUGCUCAUAUGUAAUGUGAUGUUGAAGUAUGUGCAUAGACCUAGGUUUCUAUGUUUGGUUUUCUAGUGGCAUCCUGUAAAUUUAGCAUCCCCCUAUUUAUCUUAAAUUAACAGUUGUCCUCCCUAUUUAAAAUAUACUGCAACUGCCCUGCCUAAAGUCUUUGGGACUUUCUCUUCUAAAAAAAAUAGCCCAGUGCAGAUUGACAGCAUUGCACAGAGGUCUAGUUUUCCAUAUCCUAAUCUUCUCACAUUCCUAAAUGAGGGAAUGCUCCCGUUAAAGAAAAAACCUGACCCUUGCUUUCUUGUUAAAAUAACCUGCAUUCUCGACAAGAAUUCCUGUCUUGCGAAGCCUCACCCACACUGUAAAUUGUCAACUAAAACUUAACUGGAGUUUAUCUCUAUAUAAUUUGACUGUUUCCGAGGACUUAACCAGGAAUUAGUCUCGGCUAAAUGUAAGAGCCUGUUGAUUGUACACGACUUCUGUUCAGCUUUGGGAAUUUUAAGACUGGACGAUUUCAAUUAUACUUCCGAAACACUUUUACCUAGCUGGUUUUGUCUAGUAUUUGCAUUGCUGGUCAAUGCACUGUGACUUGGAAUGUGUUUACAAUAUGAAUGGCUAUUUGAAGUGAUAGAGAUGUUAAUAUAUUAUUUUUCAUCUAUUUACUAUUAUUAUUAUGUAUGUUAUGUUACUGUUUGUGUUUGUAUGGUGCCAAAGAUGUACCCUUUUUGUGUUUAACUUAUAUCUUUGGACGAUUGUGGUUCGGUUUGGCACUUGCUGGUUGAGCCGCUCUGAUGUUGCUGUGAACCUUUGUAAAGGACAUCUGUAUGUAUGCCUUAACAUUUCACAAUAAUAGAAUAAAUUUAAUAUAUGUCUCAUAAA